GUUUAUAUAUAACUUUCAGAGACGGGAAACUACAUAUGGCCCUUCAAUCUUAAUUGAGACAAGAUGAAUUUCUCCAUAUGUCUUCUCGUAACGCUCUUCGUGGGUACCGUGGCCUAUAGAGCUAGAGGAAAGGAGUUUUUCAAAGAGAAAGAGGGUGUAAUGCAGAAUGAAAAACCCUUAUGGAAAGAAUUGCUUCAAAAAAGGGGAGUAAUUCAUUUUAUUAAAACCUCCAACGACGAGGAAGAUGAUGCAAACAAAAUGAUCCCAGUGACUGACGAACUAUUCAUUUUUAGACAAGAGGGAGAAACGGCCGUUACAAGGGAAGAUCCGAAUCCCAAAGAGGAGGCAGAAAAAAAUAGUCCACCUCCUGGUGGACCAUCUCAUGUUGAUAAUUCUGAAGGAGAAAUACAAGGACCGGAAAGGAACCCAGUACGUAAGGUGAAGUACAGACCUAGGCAAGGCAGAAACUUCAUGACGGCGGGACGGAAGAAAAUCCUAGCAAGAGAUUUUAACUCCGCAAUUUUUAGAGUUGGAGGAUCAAAUUGGUCACCAUGAUUUUCUGUAUGAGUACUUUUUAUUUUAAAUUUCUUGUUUGAAAAAGAAAUAAAGCAGUUUCU